UUUCCGGUUCCGGCCGGGCCUGUGCGAGUUGCAGCCUGGCGGUGGGCCCUCCGCCCGGACCCGCGAGGGAGCAGGGAAGGGUUCAGGGGGGCUCCCCUCACACCGACCGUGCCACGGCGGGACCAGCCCUGUUUGGGGCGCGGAGGAGGCUGGGGCAGCGCCACACGCCGGCAGUGCCCCCUCCUGGGCGGAGAUGGAAGCCAAUGCAGCAAGCGACGAGGGUGUGCAUUUCCAGAGCUACCCCUUCGACUUCUUGGAGUUCCUGAACCACCAACGCUUUGAACCUAUGGAGGCCUACAACCACGAGCACGCCAAAGCAGUCGCUGCCCUUCCCUGCCCACAGCCACAGUACGACUACACCCAGCAGACAACAGCUGCCCCACCAGCCCACUUUGACCGUGUGCCCACAGCCCUCGGCACAUCAAAGCCCAAAGUCGAAGGCCCAUCACCUUCUUCCUCCACAACUGUUUCAUCGGCUAACAUCCAAGUCAAGAAAUCUGAACCAGGGGGCCCUGCACCGGCUCCUCAGCAGCAGCCGCAGCAGCAACAACAACAGCCACCUUACAGCACUCCAGCAGUGGUGCCUGCAACCAGCCAACCUCUCUUUGAUAGCACAGCGGCUGCAGCUGCUGCCGCUGCAGCUUACAACACUCCUCAGUGGGGCAUUGUGGAUCUGUCUGGUCAUCAGCACCUCUUCAGCAGCCUGAAACGUGGGCAGGCUCCAACUCCUGCCACUUCCGCUGGUGUGGUAACUGCUGACAGCCAGGCAGGCAAGGACGACAAGAACUAUUUCCGACGCUUAAAAUAUUUCAUCGACCGGCGCUUCCCUUGUGGAGUGUGCCAAAAAUCAUUCAAGCAGUCAUCUCACUUAGUGCAACACAUGUUAGUGCACACGGGGGAGCGGCCCUAUGAGUGUACCACCUGCGGGCGCACCUACAACCACAUUUCCAGCCUCAUCCGACACCGCCGCUGCCACAAGGACACUGAGGAUGCUACAGCAACUGCCAGUGUCGCUGAUGCUAAUGUGGUAGCAGCGGCAGCUGCAGCAGCGGCUGUAGUGGCUGCCAAUGCAGCUGCUGCUCCAGGUGCAGAGGGAACCACCCAGCCUCCUGCCCAAGGCAGCAACCCUCAAGUGGUACCUGCGCCUGCUGCAGGGACAGCGGUAUCUGCUCUCAGUGCUGCCAUAGCUCAGGCUGAAGGCCCCUUCACCUGCUCUCUUUGCUGGAAGGUGUUCAAAAAGCCAAGCCACCUGCACCAGCAUCAGAUCAUCCACACAGGCGAAAAGCCAUUCUCAUGCUCUGUGUGCCAGAAGAGCUUCAACCGACGGGAGAGCUUGAAACGACAUGUGCGGACCCAUUCAGACUUGUUGCGAGUGCAGUGUGGCGUCUGCGGCAAGGAAUUCCGGGAUGCUUCCUACCUGCUAAAGCACCAAGCAACCCAUGCACCUCCUGGUACCUUACCACCACGUCCGGAGUAUAAGUGUGAUAUCUGUGGCAAGGGCUAUGUGGCUCCUCAGAAUCUACUGCGCCAUCGGCAGCUACAACACGAAGGAGCCCAGCUGCCCAAGGAUGGCACUGGUGCCCUGUCCUACCUGCCUCCAGGGGCCUAUCUCCUGCCACAAGACCCACAGGCAACAAGUUCUGAUGGUGACACCAAACCGACAUCGUAUGGACUUCUCGGUGCUCACCCAUUGCUGGUGGGGACAGCAGCAGGCAAGAAUUUCUGUUGUGGGAUCUGUGGCCGAGGCUUUGGGCGCCGAGAGACACUCAAGCGGCAUGAAAGGAUCCACACAGGUGAGAAGCCUCACCAGUGCGCUGUGUGUGGGAAGCGCUUCCGUGAAUCUUUCCACCUCAGCAAGCAUCAUGUGGUGCACACACGUGAGAGACCCUACAAGUGUGAGAUAUGUGGAAAGGUUUUUGGUUACCCACAGAGCUUAACCCGUCACAAACAAAUCCACCGGCUGCAGCUGCCUUGCUCUUUGCCACCUAUGGGUCCCUCCUUGACACCCAUGGGGCCAUCGCUACCUCCACCUCCUGAGGGGCUAACGUAUGGCUGCUCUGACUGUGGGGAGCGCUUUCCUGACCUCUUUCAUGUCAUGAGCCACAAAGAAGUCCAUGUGGCUGAGAAGCCCUACCCUUGUGAUGUCUGCGGCAAGUGUUUCGGCUUCAUCGAGAACCUCAUGUGGCACAAGCUGGUCCACCAGGCCGCUCCUGAGCGGCUCCUGCCACCAGAUGAGACCGCAGCUGCGGUAGCCCCUCUGGAGAAUGGGAUGGCUAGUGGCGACAACUUGACAUCUUUUGAGGAUCACCAUCCCACUUUGCCAAGCGGUGAGCGCUUUUCAUGCUCCAUUUGCGGCCAAACCUUCAAGCAUUUCCUAGGUCUUGUGACCCAUAAGUAUGUGCACCUGGUGCGACGCACAUUGGCCUGUUCAGUCUGCGGACAGAGUUUUGCAGGAGCCUAUGAUCUGCUGCUGCAUCGCCGUACUCACCUGCAGAAGCGCCAUUUCUCUUGCCCAGUCUGUGGCAAACGUUUCUGGGAAGCUGCCCUCCUCAUGCGCCAUCAACGUUGCCACACAGAGGAGCGCCCCUACCGCUGCACAGUCUGCGGGCGUGGCUUCCUACGUUCGUGGUACCUACGUCAACAUAAAGUGGUGCACACUGGCGAGCGGGCCUACAAGUGUGCCCUCUGCAACAAGCGGUUUGCCCAGUCGUCCAGCUUGGCUGAACAUCAGCGCCUUCAUGUCGUUGCUCGGCCCCAGCGUUGCCCCACUUGCGGCAAGACCUUCCGCUAUCGCAGCAACCUUCUGGAGCACCAGCGAGUGCACUUGGGCGAGAAGGUCUACCGUUGCGACCGUUGCUCCAAGAGUUUCUUCUACCUGUCAUCCAUAUUACGUCACCAACGUUCCCACGAUGCAAAGCGCGAGUUACGAUGUGGGGCCUGCCUCAAGCUCUUCAAAGAUCCCAAGUAUUUCAGCAAACAUCUCCAGGCCCACCAAGGUGGACGCCCGUUCAAGUGCAGCACCUGCGGAGAAGCCUUCUCCAAUACCUAUGGGCUCAAGAAGCACCGCCACAUUCACAAGAUGGAGCGCUUUGCUGCUAUGGGUGCUCACAAGGAACAACAACCCUAGGGUUGGGGUGAUAGCAAGAGAAAUGGGCAGUCCUUACUCUGGUACUUUAAGGUGAGAGAUGAAGCUAGUUCCUGGCUGUUGUGAGCCAUGAGAACAGCAGGUUUCCAAAUAUAAUAGGCAAGAUGGCAGUGCUUGUUGGCAGAGAUAGAGAAGACACAAAAUCACGAGGCCAUGAGCAUAACAAGCCAUGUACCAGAGAUUGAAUGCAAGUGGGGCUUUAAUUGCAAAAGGUAGCUAUCUGGUAACAACAAAUGCAUAUUAUCCUGUCCUCCCCUGGAUUUCCUAGCCUAAGUGUGGAGGGAAAGAUAGUUGACAAGUGGCUACCAAGCUUGUAUACAGUGUUGGGAAUGAAAGAUUUCGGCUUUUUUCUUCCUCGUCAUCAAUCAAAAUCAAACUAUGGAAAAGUUGUAUUGGAAUCACACCAUUUCUGUAGGAAGAUAUUGAAAUGGAGCAGAAGCCACCCUGAAUUCCCCCUUGCAAGAAGAAAUGGUGUUUCCUGCCCACCUUUUCCCCCUUGAAUGGAAUACCAAGAGCAGAUUCACACAUUGGAGACAGGACUGGAAAGGACAUGGGAUAGUUCUUCAAGAAUGCUCACCCCACUUUUCUGCAAAUCUCGCCACUUGCUCUAUGCCAGACAAGCCUUGCUUAUUUUCUGGGGAGGAAAUGUGUUAAUUUGUGUGCUUUCUUCACAUUUAUAAAGACCGUAGAUUAGUUGUUAUCUUUAAAGACCUUGGGAAUCAGUGGGAGGUGGCUGCUAACUGAAUACAGUUUAACCCAUGAUCAGAAUCGCAAAUUAGAGGAGUCUUCUGAAAUUAUGUUCUGGCAUAUGGUGCAGUAGAUGCCUUUGCGCCAUCAAAUCAUUACUUACCUUUCUGUCUCCCAAGGCAGUGCAGGUUCACAGUGCAACUAAAUGGAGGAUCAAAACAUGAAUUCUUCUUCAAAUAAAAAAGAAAGAAAAAACCCUUCUCUGCUCAGAGAGCAAGCAAUCAUGGAAAUCUGGUUCCAGCCUUACUUUCUUGCUGCCAUGCCAGCUUUCCACAUAGAGGGAGUAUUAAAUGUGGGAAAACAUUCCAAGAUGCCAUUCUCCCAUACACAUUCUAAAUUAGUACACUCCCAGGAGGAUUGCACCAUAUGCGUUCUGAAUUGGCCCUCAGAAGGUAGUCAGGAAGUACAAAAGUACAUCACUUGUCAACCAACUUGGGUUUGUGCAUGGUGUCUCUCUUACGUGUCUCAGAAUGCUACUGUUCUUGCAUAAUCCAGAACAUUUUGACACCUUGCAUACAUAAGCCUCCAUCAAUUUAUGCAUAUCAUUUCUUAAGCUAGAAGUGGAUCAGGUCUGUGAAGGGAGCUAUGGUUGGGUAGUCACCCAUCUCCAGGCCAUUUCCACUUGGUCAUGUAAUUGCUGUCCCUUUCCUGUGUUGUGAAGAUGAGAGAAGUGAAAGGGAACACAAAUGGUGAUUCCUUAGGCCAGGCCUGUAUGUUGCAUUGGCUGCCUAGCACACCUAGCAGGUAUUCCAUAGACUGAGCCAUAAGCUCAUUCCUCUUCCAUACAAGACAUGCAAUACACUUACAUUAGACUCCGUGCUGGUUGACUUAGUCUGAGGCUGAAAUUUCCCAUGGUAGCAUUCUCAUCUACAGUCUUGUCUUGAGGCCUUCCACCACAAUCUCUCCAAAUGGAAAGGUAGUGGAUGGAUACAGUAUAGGCAAAAGAUACUUGUAAAUUCCCAGUCUUCAUCCUGUGCAUCUCCUCUUUGUAUCCCUUCAUCAGGUUUCAGAGGAUACUUUGCAAAUCUAAAGAGGCAGGAGGGAAGGUGGCAACCAAAGAGUUCUGGAGCUGUUCUCUCUUGUGGACACAAUGAAGCUGAUUGCACCACCACAAAUGGUGAUUGAAGUCGUUCUUCUGCAGAAAGCUGUACUAUUCAAGUUUUGUUGUUUAUCCAUUUCAGCAAGGGCAGAGUAUGCUAACUUCUUUCAGGUGGCAGUACCAAAGGUGCCUCCCUAUUAUUCCUGAUCUAGCAUCCCUUUGGUUCCUGCCUUGGUGAGAGCCAGCCAAGGAUAUAAGAACCCAAAGAUGCAUUUUGAAUCCAAUGUAUUUGUCCAUCUACUCCAGUGCCUGGAAGAAGAGAGAAGGGGGUGGCUGUUGCCAAAGCUGUAGGGUGAAUUGUGGGAGAGACAAUUGUGAUAGAUAUGGACAAUAGGUCAGUGUAUUCUUUAGAAGAAACCUUGCAGAAUUGAGUGAUACAAAAGUAAACCGGCUAGAUACAUAAUGAACAGAGUGAAUAACAGAAAGGAGAUGGGAAGCCUCUAGUCUUCAUUAAACCACAAUUCCCACAUUUGGUCAAUUCAAGGACAAUUCAUUUUGCCCUUAUUGAGUCAAACCCAGUUAAACUAGUAUCUCUGAUCAGCGGAAAUAUUACUAUUUGCUGUUUCCAAAAGUGGCUGAUAAUGGGAUGUUCCUUUUCUUAUACGUUGAUAUAAAAAUGUAAAGACCUGAACAUGUUGCUGAAAUUCAGUGGAACCUUCCUAUAGUGGUGGCCGUACCUUUGGCUGCCUUAUACGGAAGCGGAUAUUUUUUCCGUAUCGAAUAUUCUCUCCCUCACUUGGUAUUUGCCAGUAGAGCUAAGUCUGAUAUUAGAUUCCUUUUGCCCUUUAUGAAUACAGCAUAUCUUGAUUAUACAACCUGCUUUGUAGUGUCAUCUACCUUUACAUUUAGUUGAACAUUGCACAGAAACCCCACUGAAAACUCAGAGCAUCAGAACUGGUUAUUAGUUCCUACACAAAAGUGUAUGAUUUGCUUAUACUAUCCACCUUUUGGGGAGAAAAUGUGCUCACGACUAACCCAUUAUAUGGUGUGUUUAUUGAAUUGUUUAAUUGUACCUUCCCAAAUGGGCAAUGAAACAUAAGAGAACCGAGAACAUAGAUGACUGAAGAGAAAAAAUAGGUUUCAAAACAACCUAAAGUGUGGGGGACAAAUUGUGUGGCUAUGACUCUAUAAUGACUGUUUCAAUUGCAAAAUUGAUGUCCAACCAGGCCUUGUCAAAAUGAUAGCCUGUUUCCUGAAGAUACGAAAUGUGGUAUGACUUUCCUAGUUUGUUUUGGUUUUUAAUUUCUCUGACUUCACUUUAAAAAAAAAAACACGAAUUAGUAACUAUUACCUUUAACUUACUUUCCUUUAUUCAGAAUCAUGAUAUUUGGCAAGUGGCAAAACAUGAUUCUUCUCAUCCAUAAAUAAUAUUGAAUAAAUACUUGCAGAUGCUGUGAGUUGAGAGUAUAAAUGGAUAUCCUUUUUAGUAAAAUAUAUAAUGGAAGUGAGAAGGCAUAGUGUUUACUAGCAAGGGCUUGUCUGACCAUUAAUACUUAUUGGAGCACAGCUGUUUACAUGAAGUCUGUAUCCACUCUUUUUUCUAGGAGCAGUUUUGUUUAUGAAACUAUACUCUUCUGUGUUGGCUGGGCGUUGCUAGCUGGAUUGAUGUGAGAUUACUAUGAACUCAAAUAACAUAUCAUCCUCAUGUGAAAAAUAUUGGAAACGAAGCGAAUUAGGGUACACCUUCCCAUAUAUCUGAUGAAGUCUAGCAGAUUUGAGACUAAGAGGUAAUGGAAGGGAGCAUUAUUUAACCUGAACUCUGGAAGGGAUAUGAAGAGGAUACUGUAAGUGGGUUGAAAAGUUGGUGUGGAUUUUACUUCUGGUUGGAGAAUUCUUUGGAAGACCACUUGGUUUGGAAAUUGCAGUCAGGCACUAACAACCAUCCUUCCCACUACACUACUUUGGUUUCUGUAUUCAUGGUUAGUUUCUCAGCCCUGAAGUGUGCAUGACUGCAGUGGUGGCUGUCCCACCGGUCCUCAUCAAUCCCAAAUGCCUUUUUUGCUGUGUACUGUGACUAUGUACAGGGUGGGAAUGAUACUACAUCCUUUUCUAGCAUCAGGACUUUUUCAGAUGCCUCGAGAUGCACAGCCAUUUUCUGAGGAUUGCUUCAAACUAAGGAUUCUCUGGUUUUGACUGCGACUGAUUUUUUGCCUCGAUUCACCUUCUCCCAAACUGGAGAUCGGCAUGGUUUGAGAGAGGACUCACACAUCCUCAGACCAGUGACCAUUGUAUAACCUUUGAAUGAAGAGUCGUGUCACUAAUAGGACCCAACCCAUUGCAAUCAUGUUAGCAAAUGACUUUUUGUAUUAAUAUAGAUAUAUACAUACAUUUAUAUAUAAAUACUUCUUUUCUAACUACCCUUUCCUCCCAUUGGCCAUAGAGUGCAGGAUGUGCAGUUCUUUUGGUGCCAAGAUUCAAGUCCCUACAAUAAUGUGUACUAAACUAUGUAUAGGACCCUGUCAUUGUCCAUGCAGCUGAUGGGCCUGGACCGAUAACCUGUCCCCCCUCCACUUCGUUGUACCCCUCGGGGAUUGUACAGCGUGUGUGUUUUCUCAAUCGGGUGGGGGAAUGGGAAUGUGUUUGUGUUUUAAACCAACCAAUUGUUUUAAAAGUGUCUGAUUUAUGAUGUACAGACUAAACAAACAUUAAAAAGAGGAAAAAGAA